AGUUUGACAACAAAGCGGCUUUUUCCUGUCUCUCCGGACAGCAAGUCCGUUUUUUAGAAGUAUUUUGAGCAGUAUGACUUUUAAUAUCGCUGAGGUUUGAGCUACAACAUCAACAAGCACCAUGGCAUCAAAGACGGACCAACUUCUGAUCGUUGUGUCGAUCGUUGAAGGUCGGAACUUUCCCAAAAACAACAGUCUGAGCCUGGUGGUCCAGGCGACCUUCGGCGUCGGUCAGCUGUCCACUGAUCCCGUAGAGCACGAAGAACAACCGCAGAUCAACCAGGACCUGGCCUGGGAAAUCGACCGCAGGAACCUGCAACAACACAGGCUACAGAGAACGCCUAUCAAGCUCCAGUGCUUCGCUGUCAACUCUGUGAACAAGAGCAGAGAGAUGGUCGGCUACAUCGUCCUCGACCUCCGAUCCGCUCCUGAGGUCCAACGGGACGCUCGCUGGCUCCCCCUGCUGAACUGUAAGUACCAAAGACAGAAGCCGGCCCUGCUUGUCAGCCUGAUGUUGGAGAGCGGCACCAACAAACCGGCCAAGCCUUCUCCCACCGGGUUCAAGGCCAAGAAGGCUCCAGCUCGGCAAGGGGCUGCAACGGUCGCUGGUCUGCUGCCAGAGAGGUUGGAGGCGGUGCUGGUUCCUGACCAGGGCUACCACCAAGUCGGACCUGCCGAUCACUGCAGGGACAUGUUCGUCCUCUCUGUGACCGUCAUCUGCAUGAACAAGUUGGAGCAGCUGAUCUCCAGCAAGGUCAAGCUGUCGGCCGAGGGCCCCGAGUUCUACUUCUACUACUCAUUACUUGGCAACGACGUCACGACUGAGCCCUUCCACAACCUGCUGAGCCCCGACUUCCAGCCGGAGCGCGCCUCGGUGCGGAUCCGCAGCAGCGAGCAGAUCGUGAGGCUCUUCCUGGCCCAUGAGCCGUCUUUACAGAUCCACCUGUGCUGCGGGAAUCACUCGCUGGGCAGCGCUGACGUCGCCCUCUCAGCUCUGGCUGACCUCCCGCUUGACAACAGGGCGGCGACAAUGAGCCAGACAUUUGCCCUUCGACCAACGGACUUCACAGAGAAGCUGGCGCUGCCCGCUGACCUGCAGCCCACUGUAGGCCUGGAGCUGACUCUCAGGAGGGAGGACGUGUCAUCACAGAACCCAGCAGCUAAAGCCGUUGGUGAAGCCGCGCCCACCUCACCUGUGCGGACCUCCGUCACCCUCCGUCCUGUCGAAGUGGCGCAUCGCACUUCUUCUCCGGUGGCCAAACCCCCCGACGUGGCGCCGGUUCCUCCAGUGUCUCCUCCGUCCAUCCACACUGAGAGUGAAGUGGAGAGUUUGUUAGAGGAGCAUCGUAAUCCUCAAGGUCCUGCGGAUACAGACGCUCCUGCAGCAGUAACAGGAGCCUCUUCUGUCAGCGUCUCUGCUCCGAAGGUGUCCAUCCCCUCAUCAGCUCAUCACUACUGCUUCUCCCUCGACCUGCGGAGUCUGAGCCGCUUCAGCUUGACUCACCCUGUCGCUGCCACACUGAGAUACUUCUACCAGUUUUUCGGCAGCUCGGCUCCGGUCAUGACCAACCCUCCUGUGGAGCUUCGCAGGAACACAGAGGUUUUUCUGCCUCAGUCGUUCUGCGCCUUCAACUUUGCUGUCUUGCCACAACAGCUGGAAGAAACCUUCAACAGGUUCCCUCUGAUGGUGGAGCUGUGGGAGAGGGACUCCAGCGUCAAAGACCAGGUCUUGGGUCAGGCUUCCAUCAGGCUCCAUCACCUGCUGGGGGCAGAGAAGACCCGACACAGCACAGCGUCCGGUGAGCAGAGCUGGAGACGGAGGCUGCAGGAGUGUGUCCCGGUGCUCAGAGAUCAGGAGAAGGUGGCGGAGCUGAGCUUCGAGGCCACUCUGGAUGACCUGGGCUUGGUAAAAGUGAAAGAAGUGCUGGUGCACGACUCGUCUCAGAAUGAGCUGGCUGCUGCUGCUCCACACAGACCUGCCCCGCCACCCCCCGCCCCCGUGGUGGCACCCAGAGACACCCCCGAAUACCGAGCAGCCAUGGAGCUGGAGCUGUGGAAGGAGGAGCAGAAGCUUCUGUUCGAAGAUGAGAUGAAGAAGAAGAAGCUGAGCUCACUGCAGGCUCAGGCCGAGGAGUGGAGAAGGCGAGACAGAGAGAGAGAGGCGGUCAUCAAGAAGAAGGAGUCUGAGUACGACCACAUGGUGGAGCGGCUGGAGAAAACUCUGGCUGACCUGGAGAAGAGAGAGAGACAGCUGGAGAGGAAAGAGAAGCAGCUGGCAGAGUCCGAGUCUCAGGCUCAACGGCUCCAGCAGCAGCUGCAGGAGAGCAGCAAGAGGCUGCAGCUGGACUCUGACCACCGGGUGGCGCUGGAGAGGGAAAAGGCAGCCAACUGGGAGGCUCGGUACAAGCAGCUGGAGAAAGACUUCCAGGCCUACAAGGAGCAGCAGAAUGUGCGUCCUGAGGUCCGCCUGCAGUGCGACAUCAACCUGCUCACGCUGGAGAAGGUGGAGCUGGAGAGGAAGCUGGAGUCCACCACCAAGUCCAAGCUGCACUACAAGCAGCAGUGGGGCCGCGCUCUGAAGGAGCUUGCUCGCUUCAAACAGCGUGAGCAGGAGAACGCCGUGACUCGUCUGAAGAGGCAGCAGGCGGAGCUGGACAACAUGAGGCUCCAGUUCCUGGCAGCGCAGGAGAAGAACCUGGUACAGGUGGACCGCCAGGAGCUGGACAACAUCAAGAACCAGCUGGAGAGGCUUCAGGAGAAGGAGAAGUCUGGCUCAGCCCCCCUCAGCGGUCAGGGAGUCCCCGCACCACUUGGCGAUCCGGACCGGAGCCUGGAGAACCGUCUGAGCCGCCUGCUGGAGGAGCGCGACACGCUGCUGCGGACGGGCGUCUACUCGCAGGAGGAUCGGAUCAUCGCCGAGCUGGACCGCCACAUCCGAGAGGCGUCGACGCAGCGGGCCGCACUCGCGGCCGACAGCAGGUGACCCGGGUCACGGUCGAUCUGCAGUGCUAAGUGACCGGCCCAACUGUGACCUCGGCUACAGCGCCCCCUGUGGUGUUGGUGUGCGAUGACAAGUUUUAAAGACAUCAUUACUCCAGGGAACGUCGUCUGACAGCAGGGGGCGCCACAUCCCCACGGACCUCCAGAU